UAAACAAUUAGUUAAUUAAGAAGAAUCAUUAAUGGAAGAGGAGAAGAAGCAUCACUUUUUCCACCACAAAAAGGAAGAUGGACCCGUUGAUCACGAGAAGGAAGAGAAGCACCACAAACAUCUCCAACAACUCGGGGAACUCGGUGCUGUUGCCGCAGGCGCCUAUGCCUUGCAUGAGAAGCAUAAAGCAAAGAAGGACCCGGAGAAUGCACAUAAUCACAAGAUAAAGGAAGAGAUCGCGGCAACAAUAGCUGUUGGAUCUGGCGGAUUAGCUUUCCAUCAGCACCAUGAGAAGAAGGAGGCCAAAAAGGAGAAGAAAGAAGUCGAGAACAAGCACUAG